AUGACUGAACAACGCCUUAAAAAUAUUGAAGAUUCAUUCGAUAUUGUUGAAACAGUAGGUAAGGGUGCUUAUGGUGCUGUUUCCAAAGCAAAAAUGAAAGGAACAAAUCAAAUCGUUGCCUUAAAGAAGGUUUCUAGAGAUCAAAUUGCCAUGAAAAAUGGUUUCCCAGAAAACGCUAUGCGAGAAAUUAAAAUCCUUCGAGCAUUGUCUCAAAACGAAAACGUUGUUCAUUUAUUCAAAAUAGAAUCAGACUUACAAACAAAAGAUGUUUACAUGGUAUUCGAAUAUUGCGAGUUUGACUUACAAGGUUUAAUUUAUCAAUGGUUUACUUCCGGCAAAUUGCCGCAAGAAUUCGACAAAUACUUAAAAUACGUUAAAUGUUACUUUAGACAAAUAUUACAGGUCAUCUAUUUUUGUCAUUCAAGAAACAUAUAUCACAGAGAUAUCAAACCAAGUAAUAUUUACGUAAAGCUCGAUAAUACAAUUAGAAUGGGAGAUUUUGGCCUUGCACGUGAAUUUCCAAAAGAAAAAGAUAGAAUUUCCAAGGAAUCCUCCCCAUGGAACGUCGUUACAAUCUGGUAUCGUGCUCCAGAGCUUUGUCUUGGAGCCAAACAUUAUGGACCAGAGAUAGACAACUGGAGUUUAGGCUGUGUACUAUACGAAAUGAUUACAGGUAAGGUCUUAUUUAAAUCUCCUCUUGAUAACGGCAAAGAAAACGUAGUUUCCCAACUGAAAUCAAUUAUUUCGAAAUGCGGAACUUUCGAUAAGUGGCCAGAAGCCCAAGAAUACAUGUUCUACGAGAAGAACUACAAGGAAGCACUCAGUAGCUUCCAUGCUGAAGCUAGCAGCAUCAGACAGUACUUGGAACAAGUAAUUCCAGAAGAAGCUAAAGAAGCAAUUCCUCUCAUGGAAGGACUGCUUCAGGUGAAUCCGAAAGAGAGAAUGUCCAUAAGAGAGGCCUUCCUCCAUCCAUUCCUCGCAUCGCCAAACGACAGACUUAAUCCCGCAAAGCUGGAUAGACUAACAUUCGAUGAGAACCACGCAAUGAAGACAGAUGCAAAGCGUCAACAGGCUUAUCUAGCUAGAAAUCAAGUAGCAAGACCAAAACCUGCUAAAAUGUAA